UCGGUCCAUAUUCGGUUGGUCAAACAUUUUCCUACGCUCGAGCGAAUCUUGUUUAAGUCGCCCUCCCCCAAACAAAGCCGCCGCCCGAUUAGAAUCCGAAACUGGACGAUUUCCAAGUUCGAAAAAAGAAGGAACAAGAAAAUGCGUCGUCGAAAAAACGUGACGACGACGAGUGGAAUUUUCAAUUCGGCAGUGAAUUCGAGGUUCACCCUGACCCUUGGUACUCGUCUAAUCUUAGCUAGUCUGCUAGUCCGUAACUACGUUAUUGCAAGUCUUUUACGGAAGCUGAUGAAACAAACACUAUAGGCGGAUGCAAUAUAGACUAAAACCGGAUUCAACUCUUGCCCACUCUCUCAGCGUCGUUGUCAUGAAAAUUUACGAUCUAUUGAAGGUUUUUUGUCUUAUCUGCCACACCUCCCAAGGUUGACACUAGCCGGCCCCCAUUCCGGCGACGAUGUGCACAGCCUGUUUUCUUCGUACGUGUACAGCAGAUAAAGACAAUAGAAAAUGACCAAAUAGCGACCGACGUGGCAAUUACAUUUGUACGCAAGUAACAAACAAACUGAUGCCAGCGAGCUGACACGAAGCUAGAAAUAGCUGUUGGGGAAUUCACCUGAGACUACUGACUGCACCAGUGCAGGUAAGAAUCUUUUAUUUGUCUUUUAUCGCUGGAAUGUCGUCGACUGGAGAUGCCCAGUCCUCGUAUUACGUGAGCAAACAAACAAAAUUAGAAAGGAGUUUGAGUUUUUGUCGAGCGUCAACUUCGUGUCGUGACAAUGCGAAACGACAACAAAACGGUUGAAGGAAUUGUUUUAUUGUUGGACAAUCGUCAUGAACGAAAUUGCACCUGUUGAUCCCAUCCAAGAACAUGUUACACAAGUUGCGUUCUAUUUGAUUUGUGCACUUGGGGUCUUGUUGAACUUAUCUGGGUGGACGUGGAUGAAUUCCGCGAAUUCAAAUGUCAUGUUGAUAUUCUUCACACUUGAAAACAUUUUGAGAAAAAGAAUAAGGAAAAUUCCCCUACUCACCGUGUGUUGGUUAAAAUAGCAGUAUAUCACACUGCGCUUUACGGUUAAAAUGACCGGAAGGACUUUUUGACGGAAGGAAAACCCCAUGGUCCCUCCCCGCGGAGUGUGGAGCGGAUCAACGUGUCUCGGAGAUUGUUUAGCGCCAAGGAUUCUUCCUUCUGGUUUUUGGUUGGACUUUCCUUUUUGUCUAUUUUGUUUUUAAGUUUUAUCUUUGCUGUUGCCAUGGUUAUUGGAGCGAUGUAAUCCGCGAUGCUCGUGUGUACCGAUUAUAUGAAGAGAACCAUCGUCUUUUAGUCUAUUCACCACGUGCCGGUAAAUUCCCGAUCUUGUCUCGUUCUAACGGAAUAAGAUUCUUUUUUUCGUCUACUCUUUAUUUGGAAAUAAAAGUUAAAAAGAUUCUAGAAUCUAGAUACUUGUCGUCGCCUUAAUAAUGCAGAAAUGCGAUGGGCAAUGGUGAUAACCAUCAGCAGCCUGUUUGGAUACAUGCAAGCAGUGCGUACUGCGUACGCAAGCGCUCAUCUCUUUAUUUGGCUACGCAAAUUUGACCGGUUUUUUCAAAUAUUUUUGGUUUUCUUGUUGCCUCAGGAGGGAAAAUUGGGUCGGAUGGCCUCGAAUAGAACAAGUUAGAUAGGGUUAUGGAUACUACCAUGACAAAGCCUUUGCGACUUGCUGUUGCGCGUUCCUGUUGGGAGGUCGGGGAUCCGGAAUGGCAUCCCGCAGAAAGAGAGAGAGAAAAAAAAGGAUUCGUUUGUUGAUCGGGUUCUUCUGUUCGGGAAUCUGGAUAGCAGUGAGCCUGCCGCUGUUGUGUUCCGCUUGUUUGCCUUUCUCCGCUCAAUCUGGCACGUAAUAACAAGACAACACGAGACAUUUCCCACCGUGUUGCUGUUGCUGCUGCUGCUGGUGGUGGUACCGCCACGCACGGCCCAACCAUUUAGCGUCUUUUGUUUUGGGCGCCGUGCUUGCAGCUCUUGAUGGCUAAUUACUUUCAAGCCUUGACUGCUCUCUCUCUCUCUCUCUCUCUCUCUCGCUAUUUCUUCCAAGUCGGAAAAAAAAUGUGCUCAUUAAAAGAAAUUUGAACGAGUUCAAACUGAGCGGGGACUUCCCCUUUUCCCCCGCAACGAUAGGCUAUAAUUUCGUUUGCUUCACUCGAGCCCAAAAAACCGAAACGGAAACACACACCAUUUUCACUCACAGUGGGUAAUCCUCGGCUAACUUUGCAGCUCGACGCUUCUUUUUUUUUCCUUUUUGAAUUGCUCGUAAAGUCAAGUGAGAGAAUUAACUGGCGUACAGUAGCAGCUCUUAUGUGUCAAAACAAUUUUUUGAAUGGGCCCAGGUUUUUCUCCUUUUUCACUAGGGGAAUCCUGUGACGUUGGUAGGCGCUAAUUAAAUAGCCAACAGAAUGGGAAAGGAGAAAGAGAAGCAACGAAAGAUGAUUGGGCAAUUUUUCUUGUCGUUUCUUUUUCGGUAGUCUGUUUGGAUAUGUUUUCAUCCGGCUCCUGGAUCUGCCAAACAUGGUGACCAUUCGCCAAAUAAUGAUGGAGAGAUUAAAUAUUUUGUUCGCCGCUCUUUUUCCCCCCUUUUUGUUGUCUUUCCUUUCAACGUCUGUGAUUUAACUGGUUACAUAAUGACUGCCCCCGAGUAACAUCAAUACCGGAUAGAUUUCUUUUACACCAUAGGAAUGUUGUUGUCGUUUAAAAAGUUCUCCAUCUUGCCCGGGUGUCAAUGCAACUCUUUGUUCUCCGUUUCACGGAUGAUUUUCCACGUCGUUCCUACCUACGUACCAACCUACCUACCUACCAGGAAUAACUCGUCUUUAUAAACAAUGCUUUUUCUUUCUUCUUCUUCUCCUGCUUUCCCGAAAUUCUGUCUGGUUCCUUGUUUUCUAUUACGAUUUCGUGGGAAUCGAGGGGGAGAAAACAGAGGGAGAAAAAGUGCCUCAUCUGGUUUGACGUUCAAUCUAGUAGGUUCUAAUACACGUCAAGCCGUGGCUAAUUAUUAUCGCAAAACUAAUGUUACCCCCUCCAUUUCCACGUAUGAUUAAAGUGCCGACUGUAUAUGGUAUGUCGUGAGUUAUUCAAAUGUUUCGGUCCUUCCUAUCAUGAGAACCAUCAUGUUGUCACAUUGUAUCUCGUCGUUUCUUUUCAGACAAAAAAAAUGAGAACUUGUUUUAGCGAUGAUUUUUUCAAUUCAAUUUUGAUUUCGCGGGUCCCUCCAGGCGAAAAAGGACAUUCAAUUUGAUAUCCUUCCGGCUAAACGGAAACUCCCUUAUUUAGAAUUUAAGAAAAAAAAAGCGGAAAAUCAAUGAUGAAUCGAUGAUGGAAUUAUUUAGAUGUGUGAUUCACCUGAAAGAGCUGAGGCAAUUCGUUUCUCAGAUUCCAGCCGUGUCAUUGCCAUGCCAAUGGGCGUCCGUUUGUCAAUGCAACAAAUAACUAAUUACCAUACACGUCUUUCUGCACGGGUUUUAAGUAGACAUAUUUGGACCUUUCCGUGAUUUGUGGAACGUAAUCACGAACUUCAUGCAAACGAGUUGGAUAUGUCCCAUAUAGAGAUGAUUCCAAUAAAAUAAUCUACCUACUACUUUGUUUGUUUGAUUUUCGCUUCCAUUCUUUUUUUUUGUUUUCCUUUUUAUCAACCGGUUUCACGGGAGGAGUUUUAAACUCCUCCCCUCCCCCCACCCUCCUCACCCCACUCUCCUGUUCUACCCGCGACGGUCCAAGGCGAACGACGAGAGAGUGAGAGUAUCCACACACGCACACGGUACAGCAGGGGCAGACCACAUUUUAAAAGGCAAGGUAGCGCUGGUCCCGUCCGCGACUCAGUCGACUCUUAACCGCUCCACCUGUCACACGCCACAAGUUUCUCUCUCUCUCUCUCUCUCUCACGCCAAAGACGCCAAAAGUUUUUUUUUUUCCCGGGACAACCAGUAGUGCACAUUUCACGCUCCCGUUCCAACAUCUUUUUUGAGCAUUUCUGCCGUGUGUCGAUGGAUUUUGAUUGAGAUCGAUCACGACUUUUGAUUGUUUGGUGGCAUUUUUUGUCCGUGAUUUCGUCUACGAGAAUUCACGAGAGUAAGAUUGGCUCGACGGUUAAUGGAAUGGCCAAUCACUGUCACAUGUAUCAACACGGAAAUCAGCAGGGACUCGGAAUGGGUUUCUUGCUCAGUGCUGUCAUCGUCAUCUUUGUGUGGGGUGUCGUUUGUUCCGGCUGCGCCGCUUACACCAUCCGACAUCACAACAGCCGGCCCAGUAAUAAAGGCCAUCAACAACUCACCAGCAACUCGGAUGGACCGGCGGAGGAUGCGGAAGCCACGUCGCCAUCAACCGACGAGCUGGACAUUGAUCGUUUUUACUUCCCCACCGACGAGGGUCUCAGACAGUUCCAGCAAAUUCUCUUACGCGAAUUGGGGCUCACAAAAGUACCCGAUCUCUCCAAGGUGAACAUCACGCGGGACGAGUAUGAUCGACAACGCCACCAGUUGCUGAACUACUUUGAGGAUGAUGAAAUGCAGUUGUCGGCCGAUGAGUACCGCCAAUUCUCCGCCAAUCAGGAAGAAGACGAGCGCCGUGAAACGGUCAUUCUCAAUCAUCGUGACGUUGGAGCCCUGCGCCGUCACGUUGAGUCACGCGGAGUCGCCUGGAAAUUGCGUUUCCGGGCCCCGUACUCGUCCGAUGGGAGCAGCCGAUUGGAGGCCGAAUCUUCGCAUCCGCUGGAAUUGCACUGGUCCUCUGAUCGAUCUGACUCCAACUCUAUUAGGAUGAAGAAUCCGUUCCGUAGUCUCAGGUCGUGGAAUCUGCACGUCCGGAUCGAAUCCCAUCGCCCUAGCGCCAACCGGAACGUUGUAGUGAUCGGCCCGGAUGAUUUGGAAUCAUCUCUGGACGACAGGAGCAGCGCCAGCAACAACAGUAUCAAACCCGAUUUGGGAGCCCGUGGACAAAUGUUGGACGAUUGGUUAAACGAGUUGAACAAUCAAAACAGCAACCAGUUAGACGACGAUCACGUUUUGACCGUGAGCGUUGUCUGCCACGGUCGAGAUUGUCGCUCGCUCAGGCACUGGCGCCUCAGCGCUCAACUCCGCUUGAUGGAAGUCUCAUCCGGCGGCCAGGAAGCUGAUAGCAGCAGCGGCGGCGGCGGCGGCGGCGGUCGAGUCAAACGCCACAUCGGCAAAAAGAAUGCGGUGAAGAGCAACAAGAACAACAACAACAGCAACAACAAUUCGAGCAACAAGAAACGAACGGCUCCUCAACCCAAGGACAUUCUCCUUGGCCAGUACUCGGGGCCAGCCAAGAAGGGCAAAUCCGGCGGAAGUGACUGUUCCAGCAACACCAAAAAGAGUAAGAAAUGUUGCCCGCAUUCGCUCAAGAUCAACUUCCGCCAGCUGCCCGGAUUCGAUUGGAUACUCGAGCCAAGCGAAAUCGACAUCUUCAUGUGCAAAGGCGAUUGCCACUACGCCCAGUUCACCAGUCAGCACCAGCACGCCGUGACUAACCCGGCCAGCAACCACGCCCUGUUCCAGGGCUACUUGCACACCAUCAACAAGCGCCUCGUGCCCAAACUGUGCUGCACGCCGAGCAAAUUGGACAGCGUUCAGGUCGUCCACUACGAUCAGGAAAAUCCGGCCCAGUUGACCACAACCAAAUGGGAAGGAGCCAUCGUCAAGGAAUGCGCCUGUGCUUGAUUAUCUAUUUAUCUGAGCCCUAUACUUGAAUAUUUUUUUUCUUGAAAAAAAAUAUUUAAUCGUAUCAUUUUUUUUUUCACGAAAAAAAUUCCAGAACAAAAAAAGAAAAAAAAAACGAAAAAAAAAAAAAAAAAUUUGUCGCUCGAAUUCCCCAAACAAAAACAAAUUUGCUAUUUAUUUCCGCCAUUCUGUGCUGCCCCCUCCCCCCAUCCAAAAGUCUCUCUCAGGCUAUACAUGAUGCGUCACCAGUGAUGAGCGUGUCGUCCUAUACGGUGUUACGAAUGUUCGUUAUUUGAAGGAAGGAAAGACUAGUCGUUUUUUUUUUUUAAAUUUCCCUUGGUUUUCUGAUGAUGUAAAUGAGCACUAAAUAUUUUUACCUCUUCCAGGCCAAUUGCUAAUUGUCGUGUUAAUGAAAUUCAGUGUCCUAUUUUUUGACGACCUAUUGGGCAAAUUUAAAAAUUUGGAACAAAAAAAGAGGAAAACUGAAAAAAAAGAAGAAAAAAUAUGUCCCCGAUAUGUCAGUUAAAAUAUAUGUAUUCGUGUGUAUAUGAAAGGAGAACAUCAUAUUUUUGUACAGCAAAAACCAACCGAACAAGGUCAACCGUUCUAAUUUAUAAAUUUGUGGCCCGCUCGUCGAUGACGUAUUUUGACAUUUCAUUUAUUUUCCUUUCGAAUCAAUCUAAUAUAUCCCUCUGUGUGUGUCUCAAAACCACCACCACUGUUGGAUACACCGCCAAUUGAUCUGUAUCUGAUUUUGUGAUGCUGAGUGUCCCAUCAUCAACAACUAUCUCUGAACAAACAAAAACCCAAUUUCUCCCGACUACUAUUUUCAUUCUUUUUUCUAUACGACAUUUUUGUAAAAAUUCUCUUUUAAAAAAAACAACUGUUCAUGUAUAUAUC